AUGGACCAGGAUCGCGAGGUAAAGCUCAAGCGCGACAACUCUCGACGCAAGACGCUCAAUCUCAUCGACAGCGCGCCGAGUUCACAGACCAACACGGCGCCAAAAGCUCAGCCGAGGAAGCGGAAACGCCACGAGGAGAAGGAGAAGCGCCCCACCAAAAAGCGGAGCUCCUCCCUGGGCGACGCGGCGCGUCCACCGAAGGUCCCCUCCCGGGAGGGCUCGGUCUCGCCGACCUCAACGGCAGCGUCUUCCUCGCCUCUUAGCUCGCCGCGCCAGCUCGCGGGCCCGUCAGCGUCAACGCUCUACCUGUCCGACGAGGAAGACGACGACGACGAUGACGAACUCGAUCUGGGUACUGCGCUCAGUCGGCAUAAUGCCACAUUAUUAACGGCCGAUUUGUUCGAUGAUGACGACUUGAGCGAUCCGCCGACACCAAAAGGGCCCAAGUGGAAGAAGACGAUGCACCCUGGGGUGGCACCUGGCGACACUUGCCUGGUCAAGUACAGGCGUCUCUGGUUUCCGGCCAAGCUCCUGCGAAUGGAACUAGCAGAAUCAGCAGGCAGCCGUGAUUUCUACGAGGUGCAGACGCAGGAUGGCAAGGUCUACCGCCCCACACGUAGGGGAAUCCUAUUCCUCUACGAGGGCGAAGCCAUGGCAGAGGUCACAAUUGGCCAAUACGAGACCUCCGCUGUCCACACAGGCGAGUCCACGUCUGUGGUCCUCCCGGACGACGCGAGUGAGUACGACCGCUUCCGCGCGCUCCCGCUGUCCGAGCAGAUUGGGAGGCUACAGGGGCACCUCACGGAUCUGGCCGCUGGCCGGUACAUUCCCGCGAAGUGGCGCGUCGAAGCGUUCUACAAGGGCAAAGACGAUCGGUCGAGGUUGAAGGAGGAGCUCGCGCUCGGCGACUUUAAGAACAGCGAGAUCAAGCAGGCUGGCUUGGCUUUAUCCGACUGGGUACGGGACCACUGCAGCACGGGACGGCUCGCCACACUAGCCGAUGACGAACGCUCGCAGUUUGCAAGCUUCGUCCUGCUCCCUGAGGUGAUUAUCGCCAUCUGUAUCCGGAGCCUCGACCUCGAUCGCCCAUCGUCGUGGGCGCGCGAACGAGAUGACAUUCCUGCACCGGAAGAAGCUGCUGAGGCGGAGGCGGCGCGACUAUACAAUCUCGCGCGCGAGAAGCUCGCCGAGCUCGGAGAGAACGACCACGAAAUCGAGUGGGAGAAGCGUCGCCUCGAGGUUAAGAUGGCGGUGAAGUGGGCAGAACCUGCGGUUCCGACACAACCAGAACCCGAGAUGCCCCUUAGACGCCGGGAAGCUCGCCUGCGCAAUCCAGAGGAAGCAUCUGUGGAAGACCAGGCGCGGCUGCUCGAGGGCUUCGCGCGGAAGAAGAAGCAGGGGGACAAGCGGAAGGGGAAGGCUGUCGCAAAAGCCGAGGCAGAGCGGAGUGCGCGUGCGCGUGCGAGCGCUCAACCGACUUGGACGAACGGUCGAGAAGCACUUGAGGGCACGGCAAGCGCCACUGAUGGCGUCGAGGCGCGCGAGGGGGAAGCGUGCGCCACUAAUGGCGAUGAGACGCCGGAGAAUGAUGUGAAUGGCAUGGCUGAGUGA